GUGCGCGGCGCAUGCGCGGUGCAUCUGUCAGUUGCGACGGCGCGCGCUGGCCGCCGCAUGCUGCCAGUGUUAUCUGCCGCUUUGAUUUCGAGUUUAGAAAAAAAAGAAAAUAACGCUGUUUAUGGUUAAUUGGUUUUUUCUUCAUUUGUUUCCCGUGGAUUGCGGUGAACGGCCGGAAGUGCUGUUUUGAUUCCCUCAUCACCCCCCAGCCAUGGACCGGCCCCGCAACCCUCGCGCCCGCCGACGUCUGUUCGACGCAGCAGAAGAAGGUGCAGACGACAAUACCGUCAACAUGAUCAGGGAAAUGAUAUUUGACACCCAGAAACAGCUGAUGGAGAAGUGGAACUUUGACCCGAUAAACGAAAGACCAUUAAUAGAAGAUGGACCUAUACGGUGGAGCAAAGGUGGUGAAGAUGAUAGAUACUGCUGGAUAGGGAGAGUGAAUGAAGAUGUACCUGAAGAAACUAAGGAUAAAGAUGAAGAAGUUGAUAUGAAAACCAUGAAGGAUUUGAACGAGGUUACACCGAAGGCGGUGAAAGAAGAUGAGGAUGCAAUGUUGAAGCUGAGAAAGAGAAGGAAGGAUGAAGAAAAAAGCUGUUCGGAUAAGGUCAAGAGAAGGAUAAGCUUUGAUUAGGUCCGGGAAAUGUGUGCAAUGGCUAUGAAUUAUUUUGACGAUCAAUCAAUUAAUCAUGUAAACACAAUAUGUUUUUUUAUCAUUGAUGAAAACCAAAUUAUUAAGUAUACUUAUUUAUUUGAAUCCAAUUUUGACAUACCUUGCCUAAAUUACAUGAUAAAGUUAGAGGCUGAAUAAAAUACCAAAUUCAGCGUUCGAUAAUACAUAUGUAUAUUGUAGGUACAUGGGCUAUUGUUACUAGCCAAGGUAUAAAACGCUUAUAAAGUGCCAGAGUAAGUAGGUAUUAUUCAUUUGUACAUAUUUUUUGUAUUUUUAGUAAUAAUAAUUUAAAUAAACACAUUUACUUUUUAUGGCAAUGAUGUA